AUGGCGACUCGGCGUGCGCGCAUCCCAUCAUGCGGAGCGCUGUUUGGGCUCGCGGUGCUGCUGCUGCUGACUCAGCAGCAGUGGCGCCUCGCGUCGUGCCAAGGAGCGACAGGUACCACCUGCGCCAAGCCCACCGCCACUGUCUAUGUGGCUCAGGGGGGCGUCCUCACACCCUGCUGCGGCCAGAGCCCUCAGCAGCCAUGCGGUUCCCUGCAAGCCGCCCUGAACAGGGCCACGGCUUCCAAGCUCCGUGCUCUGCCCGUCCCUUGUCCCUGCUGCUGCUCUCCCCUUUCUUCCCUUCUCACCCUAACCAUCCUUUCACCCCCUUUCCACUCACCCGCCCCCAACAGCGCUGCAGAAGGAGCCACCAUCCACGGUGCUGGGAUGAAUGCUGAGCUUGGUGCGGUGUGGAGUGGAAAGCAAAAGCAGCAACAGCGUGCAGCCAGCCGCGUGCAGCAGCUCUCUGGUAACCAUCUCGCGGCUUCAGGUGGUGAAUGGGCGGAGCAACGGCAAGGGCGGCUGCAUGCUCUUCGAAGGGGUCGGGUCACCAUGGCACUGAGCGACCUCACCCUCUCCAACUGCCAUGCCUCCGACGCCCUCGGAGGAAUCACAACAAGAGGCGGCGGCCUCUUUGUGCUUGAAUCGAGUGUGCUUAUAAGCGAUGCGAGAAUAGAGGACUGUUACACUCGUUUGGAUCCGGCGGCUGCUGCGGGGGGUAGUGGUGGUGGAUCGACGGAUGGAUGGGUGCCGGGGAUGGAAGGGGGAGGGGUUGUGGCGGGGAAGGGAGGGUGUAUGGCGAGUGAGAGUUCGAAUCUCACGAUCGAAUUCUCCGUGUUCCAAGGGGGCUUGUCAUCAGGCGGCGGGGCAAUAUCCGACUACAUGUCCACAUUCAACGUAUCUCACACAGCCUUCCUCAACUCGUCCGUGGUCUACCAGCCCGCCGAUUUCAUGUCGGGCACGGGGGGAUGCGUGCACCUCAACACCACUGCUGCUGCGUCCUUUGCUCACUGCCGCUUCGCGCACUGCUCCUCUUCUAUCACCGGUGGCGGGGUGUCAUUCUUUCAAGGGGAAGUCAAGCCGCAGUUUCACAACACCACGUUCGAGUUCAACGAGGCUCUCAUUCAGGGAGGGGGCAUAGAGCUGGUGAUGAUGAGCGGCCUGGCGAACGUCACAGACUGCACGUUCCGCAGCAACCGGGUCACCAACGGGCCCAGCUUCGGCGCCGCAAUCCUCUCCUUCGGCGUGCCGAUGCGCGUGGAGAGGAGCUACUUGUGGCGCAAUGUGGCUGUCAACACGCUGCCUCCGGGGUCGCAGGCAGCCACGUACCUCACUCAGGGGGGGGCCAUUGCAGCGAACAUGUUCAUGGACGCUACAGUGCCUUAUGACAUCAUCGACUGCACCUUUAUUGAGAACCAGGUGGGUGUGAGAGCCAACACGUACCUGACCUCACUCACUCAGGGGGGGGCCAUUGCAGCGAACAUGUUCAUGGACGCUACAGUGCCUUAUGACAUCAUCGACUGCACGUGUGUUGAGAACCAGGCAGCCACAUACCUCACUCAGGGGGGAGCGAUCGCUGCGAGUAUGUUCAUGGACGGUAUGGUGGCUUAUGACAUCAUUGACAGCACCUUCAUAGAGAACCAGGUGGGUGGUGAGAGAGAGCGUAUAACAUAUUUGUCACACCUCUCCACUCAGGAUGGGCGAGGCGGCGCCUUGUUUAGGGAUACGAGGCAUCUGCUCAGCAGGCGGGGCUCAACAGGCUCUGUAUGCGGACACGGGGCAUCUGCAAGUGCUCAACUGCCUCUUUCUAUCCCCUCUCCUCCCCUUUGCUUCCCUGUUCCUGCUGCCACGCAGGGCGGGCAAGGCGGGGCAUUGUACGUGGACACGGGGCAUCUGCAAGUGCUCAACUGCCUCUUUCUCCGCAACGGAGACCACUCUGAAUGCUCCCUGGGUGGCGCUAUGACAUCGCGAGCACGAACGGUAGUAGACAACUGCACGUUUUUGGACAAUAAAGCACAAGACCAGGGCGGAGCGCUGCACUUCCUGCCUUACGAAACCCUCAACGUCUCUCGCUCGCGCUUCCAAGGAAACUCCGUGCUCAAGCAGAACGGCGGGGCUAUUCACGUGCUCGGGACGUCUCAUAAGCCCUCCCCCUCGUGCUUCCAAGGGAGCUCCGUGGUCUACGGGAAUGGCGGGGCUAUUCACAUGCUCGGGGGCAUGGGGGCGGACACGGGGGCGGGCACGGGGGCGGUGCGGGUAGAGAGCAGCACAUUCGUGGGCAACAGGGCAGAGCGGUCCAAGGGAGGCGCCCUGUACAGCGAGUCGGUGUCUGUCACCUUCGAUAAUGUCACUCUGGACGGGAACACGGCGGCACUGCAGGGAGGCGCGGUGGCUGGUGAGUGGAUGCACGGUAGUGCUUUAUGGCAAGUAUCUCAAGCGUCUGGUCUUAUUUUGGAUGCCAACAUGGCGCCCACGGCGCUGCAGGGAGGAGCGGCGCGGUGGCAGUCUAUGCCUCUCUCCCCUCCUCCCCCAUGCAGUCUAUGCCUCUCUCCCCUCCUCCCCCAAGCAGUCUAUGCCUCUCUCCCCUCCUCCCCCAUGCAGUCUAUGCCUCUCUCCCCUCCUCCCCCAUGCAGUCUAUGCCUCUCUCCCCUCCUCCCCCAUGCAGUCUAUGCCUCUCUCCCCUCCUCCCCCAUGCAGUCUAUGCCUCUCUCCCCUCCUCCCCCAAGCAGUCUAUGCCUCUCUCCCCUCCUCCCCCAUGCAGUCUAUGCCUCUCUCCCCUCCUCCCCCAUGCAGUCUAUGCCUCUCUCCCCUCCUCCCCCAAGCAGUCUAUGCCUCUCUCCCCUCCUCCCCCAUGCAGUCUAUGCCUCUCUCCCCUCCUCCCCCAUGCAGUCUAUGCAUCCAGCAGCGACAGCCUGCAUACAGAAGCGCUCUUCAAAGCAUGCUGCUUCGAGUUUUUUGAGACGUCUCAAAACUUUCCCACACAUUCCCCCUCUCCCCUCCUCCCCCGUUCCAGUCUAUGCAUCCAGCAGUGACGGCUUGCCAACCGAAGCACUCUUCAAGUCAUGCCGCUUCGUGCGCAACGAGGCGGUGCUUGGGGGAGGUGCUAUCUACACGGGGCUGGGCAUGCACACGCGCGUGCACGCGUGUGAGGUGGAGGAAAACAACAGCACGGGGCUGGGCGGUGCUGUGCUCGUGCAGGAGUUUUCCCGGGUUGAGAUGACUCGCACGCGCUGUCAUGGGAACAUCCCUGACUGGCUGUGCCUGCCUCUCCCUCCUCGCCAACGCCCAUGCCACAGUGGCACCUGCCUCUCCCUCCUCGCCAACGCCCAUGCCACAGUCACCGACUCAGUCCUUCAAGCCAACCACCACGGCACCUGUGGCGCCUGCCUCUCCCUCCUCGCCAACGCACACGCCACGGUCACCAACUCAAUCCUUUCAGCCAACCAGGGCACCAGCGAGGGGGGAGCAGCGCGUGUCAGCGGCAGCGCGCACCUCUCCCUCCUCUCCUCCUCCAUCCUCCAAAACACUGCAGCCUGGGGCGGCGCCGUCUGGGUGGAAAUGGGCGCUUCUUUGCUCAUCUCAAACAACUCAAAGCUGGAAGGGAACGAGGCGAGGUAUCUGGGCGGGACAGUGUAUGCGACGCACGUGUCCCGGGUGGAAGUGCAAGGCGGGAGUGUGUUUCGGGGAAACUCGGCCCUGCAUGGAGGUGCUAUGGUUGUAGAGGCAGAGGCGAGAGUCACAGCAGCCGAUUCUACGUUUGAAAACAACACCUUUUCAGGGAUUUUAUUCCAAGGGUUUUCCCAGGGGGUUCUGCGGAACUGUAGCUUCAUGCGGAAUUCCAACGCGGCUGGGCGGGGUGGCGCGGUGCUGGUUGGAGACAAGACGACCGUCGCCGUCCACUCUUGCAGCUUUUCCGGGAACUGGGCGGCGCUGGGCGGCGCGGUGAGCACCGAAGGCAGCCCGUACCUCACAAUCAACGGCUCAGAUUUCACGAGGAACAUCGCGCAGAUCGGCGCAGGGGUUGCCCUAGCAGGCGCCACCGCUUUCACCAUGGGAGAGUCUGUGUUUACUAAGAAUAAUGCGACUAAGGCGGGAGGGGGAGUGGCUGUACUGGAGCAGGUGGAGGGGGAGAUCUCAGGGUCGAGAUUUGAGGGGAACUAUGCGGUGGUGGGCGGUGCAGGGGUGUACUUGAUGCGAUCUGCUGCUGCUACUGCUGCAGCAGCAGGUGGUAACAGGCCUUCUAGGGUGCGACUGCAAGGCCUGCUGUUUGACGGCAACAGUGCCAUGGACGCCCAUGGAGUGGCCUUCUUCGAUGCUUCCUACAGCCCCCACCUGCGCUCCGCCUGCCAGGCCUGCCAGAUGGUGCAGCAGGGGGACACGGAAGGCAGCAUGCCGGCGGACUUUUAUCUCAAAUGGCCUGGGGCGGCAAUGUCGUCGCAGGAGACAGGUGGCAGAUUCUCAGUGGUGGGCUCGGUGGGCUCCAUGCUGACAGGGCUGCAGGUGGUGGUGGUGGACGAGUUUGGGAACAUCGUGUCCAAGGACAACUCCGCUUUGGCCCGAGUCUCCCCUGACAGCCGCAUCAGCGGUUCCCUACGGGGCACCUCUCAGGGCGGCAUCAUCACAGUGCCGCCCAUUGCCGUCCGCGUGCCCCCGGGCGGCGCGCUACAGCCGAUAGCUCUCACCGUCACCGUCUCCUCCACCACCAACGCCUUCCCGGACUUCUCCCACCCCUUCAACAUUUCCUUCUGCCCGGCCGGGCAGUAUUUUGACGGCGAAAGCUUCAGCUGCCAGGACUGCCCCGUGGGCCACUGUCCCCCUUUGCCUCCUCGAAUCCCCUCUUCUCCCUCUAACCUCAGGUGUGCACCAGGCCAGGGCGUGGAAAAGUGUCCAGACGGCACCUUCACUUUCUUCCCCAACGCAGUGUCACAGGAGCAGUGCACGGCGUGUGACGACGACAGCUUGGACUGCCGCUAUGGCACGCUGGAGGAGCAGUGCAUGGCGUGUGACGAUGGCAGCUUGGACCUGGACUGCCGCUCCGGCACGCUGCAGGUGUGUGCGAGUGAGUCAGUGGCGUAUUGUGUGAACUGGCUGGACCCAGCGUCUCUCAACCGCACGCCCGCCACCUAUGCAUGUCUCCUCACUGUCCGAGGGAUGCUCUGGCACCACCUAUACAUGUCGCUGAUCUCAUACCAGAACUGGCUGGACCCAGCGUCUCUCAACUCCACGCCCACCACCUAUGCGUGCCUGCUCACUGAGGGAUGCUCUGGCACCACCUACACGGGCCCCAACACCACGCAGUCAAAACCUGCUGCAAGUGCACACCCACUUGAUCUCGCUCAUCCCCCUCUGCUCCUCACCCGCUGCUCCUCACCCGCUGCUCCUCACCCGCUGCUCCUCACCCGCUGCUCCUCACCCGCUGCUCCUCACCUGCUGCUCUUCACCCGCUGCUCCUCACCUGCUGCUCCUCACCCACUGCUCCUCACCCGCUGCUCCUCACCCGCUGCUCCUCACCCACUGCUCUUCACCCGCUGCUCCUCACCUGCUGCUCCUCACCUGCUGCUCCUCGCCCGCUGCUACUCACCCGCUGCUCCUCACCCGCUGCUCCCCACCUGCUGCUCCUCACACGUGGACAAUGCAUACCUGCUGCUGCAGUUGUGCAUUUCGACUAGCACAGCACGUGCUUGCUGCCUCACGUGCUUGCUGCCUCACGUGCUUGCUGCCUCCUGCCCCCCGCUUCUCCCCACUUCUCUCUGCGCUACCUCUUUUUCUUAUGUGCCCACGGACAUCUCUCUCCUUGCACCAGCUGUUUCUCAACCCUCCCCCCCUUCUCCCUCUCCCUCUCAACCCCAGGUGUUCCCCCUACUGUUCAUCAUAAUUCUCAUCGUGUGGGAGGCAAUGAACAUGCAGGUAGACACCUUUGCAGCCAUGGACAUCUUUCCUACCGAGGUGUUCCCCCUUCUGUUCAUCAUAAUUCUCAUCGUGUGGGUGACGAUGAACAUGCUGGCAGACACCUUUGCAGCCAUGGACAUUUUCCUUAUUGAGGUGCAGCUGCUCGCCAUGGUCGCCAACUUCAACCUCAACUUCCCCGCCUCCUGGGUCAAGACCGUCGUGCUGCUAUACAACAUCGCUGCGUUUGAUCCCGUGAGUUUUCCUGCCGUUGUCACUGACAUCAUCGGGCCAGAGUGCGUGUUCUCCCUGCAGUUCACGGGCAAAUUCUACGCCACCCUUCUCAUCCCCGUUAUAGGCCUCCUCAUUUACGCGCUCGUGUUUGCGCACCACCGCUGGCUGGGCGGCUCAUUCUUCGUGCGCGUGCACUCGUGGCAGCGCAAGGAGCGCCAGCGGCAGCGCCUGGCGCUGCAGCGCUCUGUAACGAAGCGGCGGGCUUAUAACGAGUAUGAGAACUCGAUUGUGCACGCGUCGCUCAAGUGGCUGGACAUUUGCUACACAUCUGUGAUGGUCAAAGUGCUGGAAGUCUUCAAGUCCCAGGACAUCGGCACAGCUACAGUGAUGGCUGCAGCACCGCAGAUUGAGUGGCUGUCAUCAGCCCACGUGGGUAUGCUGGUUACCGCAGUGCUGGUUACGGUGGUGUACCUGGUGGGGCUGCCUCUGUUGUUCGCUGGGGUGUUGGUGGAUGCUCAUACGUGCGAUGUGCUCUCCUCUACGCUCUUCAAGCAGCGCUUUGGCUGGCUCACCGAGCGCUUCCGACCCAAAUUCUGGUGCCCUAUUCUCCAUCAUCGGAUCUCCCAUUCCCUUGCUCUCCCUCCACGGCUACUUCUCACAGGCCCCUCCAAACACGUUCUUUCUCCUUCCUCUCCACUCCCCCUCUUUUCUUCCCCUUCUCCCCUCCUUCCUCCCCCACUCCCCCUGCCUCUCCCACAGGUGAUCAUAAUCUUGUUAGUUCAGGCCCUACGCAUAGCCACGCACUACAAGACCGCCCCACUCGCCUCGCUCUCCCUCGAGUACCUGCAGGCCUUCCUCACGCUCGGCCAGUUCUUCUUCACGCUCUCCCUCCUCUCCUACAACUACCUCUCCCUCUCCCUCUUCUCCCAAAUCCUCUUCGGCUUUUCCUCCGCCUUCAUUCUUAUCCCCGCUACAACGCUCCUCGUUUACGACGCGAUAAACAACCAUUUGGAGCUCGCGAACGCGCGCAUGCUACAGCGCGUGUGGCGCGCGGAACGCAAGCGACAAAAAGCCCGAUUCGAUAAAAUGGACCCAUAUGAUCUAGUCCCAGCGCAGGAGAUCUGCUCCUGGUUCCGACCACACAUCAUCUUCGCGACCCUCCUUUCCAAGCGCACCGAGGAACGCACGUUGCUGCUCCGGGUUCGGGACCGGUUCGAGACGUGCCGAUUGGUCGGGUUGGCACCCAUGGAUUGGCUGAAUCAUUUGAAGAAGCCGCAGCUUUAUGCGGUGCUGGCGCAGGCGUUGCUGGGAGCGAGCACUGGGCAUGUGACUGUAGCGAGGGUGCCUAAAGACGGGUGGUUCUGUAGGGAGCAUGGCGUGUGGCAUACGGCUGGGGAGGAUUGUCAGGUAAGGGAGGGGUGUGGAGGUGGAGACAGUGGUUCGGGGGAGAGUGGUGAGGGGUUGGGAGGUGUGGAGAGGGGGGGGGAAGAGGGGAGAGUUGGGAGGAAUGGGUUGGGUCCUCAGGCAGGGGAAGGGGUGGAGAACGGUGGCAAUGGGGUUGAGAGAGGUGGGGAGGCGAGGAGAAACGGUCAGCUAUCUGGAUUAAACGGGCAACAGAGAGAAGAUUCUGCAGGUGAAUCUCAGGUGAAUGCUCAGGUGGACACGCAGCAGCCACUGCUGCAGCAGCAGCAGGUGACAGGGAGGAACACGUGGCAUGAUCUGGAUGAGGCUGACGUGUGGCCACCUCAGCUGGAGAGCCACGUCAGCUGGGCAUCUGCCAGCGUGGCUGCUGCCCCAUUGGGAGGACAGGGGGGAAGAGGAAGAGGCUUGGGAGGAGGGGACGGAAUGGGAGGAGUUGGAGGAGGAGGGAUGAGGGGGGUGAGAGGAGCAGCGUGGGAAGGAUUAGGAGACUUUGACACAGCGAGUAUUGGGAGUGACAGUAGCAGUGAGACUGGCAGCACGCACGGCAGCAGCAGUGGGGGAGUGACCCUCAGAAGCAUGAGCAGUGGAGGAGGGGGGACCAUGGGUGGUGGUGGGGGUGGGGCUGCCGCCUUUGCUGCUGCUGCUAGCAGAGCGGGACUGGGGCUCCGUGUUGGGCUUGUAGCAGCAGCAGGAGCAGGGGGGAUAGGCGGAGCAGGAGCGGCAGUGGGUGGGCCGGUGAUGCGAAGGACACCGUCGAUUCGAGUGCAGAACCUGGUGUCGUGGGAAGAGACCCCCCAUGAAGGCCUGCCGGAGCACGGGGCUGGGGGUGCUGCAGGGAUGGGAGAUGGAGCAGCUGCAGCGGGUGGGGCAGGGGAAGAGGCGGUGGAAGGAGCUGGGGCAGCAGCAGCUGUGGGGGGAGGGGCAGGGACGGAGGCAGGAGCAGGUGGAGGAGGUGAGAACGGAGGAGGAGGCGGAGGGGGAGGGGGUGGGGUGAACCCAGAGGCUGCUGGAAGGAGGCAGCGGAUGGGAGGGUGGUGGGGAAGGGGAGCGCGAGUGAGUGAGAGGGGAGGAGGUACGGGUGCUGGUGCAGGUGCGGGGGAGGCAGGAACUGGAAUGGGGGAAGCCGGGAAGCAGCAGCAGCAGCAGCAGCAGCAGCAGCAGCAGCAGCAGCAGCAGCAGCAGCAGCAGCCCCCACAACAGCAGCAAUACCAGCAGCAGCCGGAGCAGAGGGAGCGAGCGGGUGGCAGUGGGGAGGAGUGUGUGGAAGCGAGGAUGAACAUGGGCGCGCUGAGCCUGGCGUUUCAGAAGCACCUGGCGCUGCUGGUGCGCGCUGAGAGGACCCGCAGCAGCGAGGCCCUGCGCCUGCUCGUGUGCUCCGAGGCCGUGCCCUCCAUCCUUAGCUGGCUCACCAGCGCUGAGAGCACACGGGAGGAUCAGAUGCUGCUGAGGCAGCUGCUGAUGGCAGUGCGGGUGGCGGCAAGUGAGGAGGCGGGGGGGCUGGACUGGUGGAGUGGCGUCAAGUGCUUCUACUCCAAACGAGUCACCUUCAAACGGGACAAAGCAGCCCCUGUGGCUUCGGCUCCCACUCCCACCCCCGCACCUACGAGCGUGUGUCGUCUCAUCACCUCCGUUUUUUCUCCUCCUGCCUUCCCCACCAUCUCCCUCCAGCACCAUUGA